AUAUAUAUAUAUAUAUAUAGAGAGAGAGAGAGAGAGAGAGAGAGAGAGAGCGGUUAACCUACAAUAUUAGUAAUCGUACAUUACAUACGUGAUAAUCCUGACCGUAGGAUCAAGGGAUUAAAAGCGUGAUUAAAUAAUAGUUUAAAGGUUUGUUUAAAACGUAAUUAUGUGAACCAAAGGUUAAAAUGGCCAAUUUCCUAUACCUAAAUACCCGGCUAAAUCUCAGUAUCUAAUCAAAAAACCAUAUUUGAUCAUCAAAAAUUUCAGUGAGUUUCAAACGAUUCCGACCGAGGGAGAAAGACGAUUAACAACGGCGAACAACCAACGACCAUCGAUUUCACUUGAGAAUGACGAAUACGGCAUUAAGAGAAGCUAAGAGAGAAAGACGGAGCAAGAAAAGAAAUGAUCCGGUGAAGCCGGUGCACAUUAGCGGCAUAACUACAGGGGUUGCUGAUGAUGAUGAUGAUUUUGAGCCCCCGAUUCAGUCGAUGAUGACAAAGCAACCUCAGAAAUUAAAGGUUAAUAAAAAGCAAACAAAAUUAAGUCUACAAGAUGAUGAUGAUGACUUUGAAGUACCUAUUAGAGACUUGAUAGUCAAAAGGGGUGAAAACACAAGAAAAAGGCCAAAUGCUACAACUAACCAAGAUGGUGAUGACUUUGAGCCAGUAAAAAAGAAACAAUCGAAAAACGAAAAGCAGAUGGAUCCUAUCGAGGGGAAACGGAAGAUUACCGAUGCAGAACCUAUUAGGACAGAACCAAGACCGUACUAUGAUUAUCAUCAUGAUGUAAUAAGCCUACGGUGCAGUCCUUCAGGUUUUUUGGAUACAGUUAAGCACUUUACUGAAGCGCAGGUGGCGGAUGUGAAGAGCAUUGGAUUUGGUGAUGUCCUUAAUAUAAAGCUUUAUCAUAUAAGCACACGUUUAGGGUAUUGGCUCGUGCGAAACUAUGACGAGCAAUACAGCACACUAAACAUAGGAAAUCACAAGAUUGAAAUCACCCGAGAUUCAGUACAUGACGUGUUUGGUAUUCCAAAGGGUGAUGUUAUUGUACGAGAAAAAAAUAAGCCUAGGAAAGGAGCAAUAGUGGAGAAAAAUACGGCUACUCAAGGCGCAGAAACAACCAUAGAUGAGUUCAAAAACCAGUGGCCAGACACAAACAAAAUUACUCAUACUUUACUUGCAAGAACCAUGUCAAAGCAAACCACUGGCGGACGAUUAUUCAAGCUAAAUUUCCUAGCCUACUGGAACACUUUGUUUGUAGAGAUAACAAAGUCAACAACUGUUAAGCAAAGUUUUCUACUUGCAAUUGACAAAGAGGAAGACAUUCCAAAGCUGGAUUGGUGCUCCUUCGUUUUAGAAUCGCUGAAACGAACAAGACAAGGUUGGAAAAAGUUAGACUCACAAUACAAUGGACCAGUUGCAUUCCUAAUGCUUCUAUACAGCCAUUACUUCAACAAAAGACACAAAAUUUUCGAUGAAGCUGUCAAAAUGCCUGUAAUACAGUAUGUAACCUCUGGUAUGAUCGACGACGUGGAAAAAUAUUUAUACAACAACGGGCCGCUAAAUGUUGAAGAUUGUGAUGAAGUAGAGAAAGACGAAGGAGCAAAUGAUAAUCGCCAGGAUCAACAACAUGUUACUGCCUCAGGCAUCAAUGGCGAUGAUCAUCAAAAUCAAGAGGCUACGACCGCACCAUUCGAAAUCGUAAAACAGAACACUUCGACGCUGUACACUGACCUUUUCGCUGACAACAUCCCGCUACACGAGGCAGCUGUGGUACAAGAAAACCUCACCGAAUUCAAUACAUUAGAUCAGCGUAUGGAAGAUACGGAUGAGUACAUAAUAUACGACACAUGUUUACAACAGAAGAAACCUGGCUGGAAACCUGGAUGAGGAAGAUCCGAUUGACGAAGGUGACAUACCAUCAAAUACGGAUUGGUUUGAUGGGUGGAAUCCGAAUGAACAUAUUUCAGCUUUGAAUUUAGAUGAAAUGGACAUAGGGACACAAACGCAAAAAGAGAUUGACUACUGCAGCACUCCGGUUCAACUAACCGGGGUGAUCUAUGAUCAUGUUGCGUGGGAAGCCUCGAAAAAAAGUAAAAAGGUAAACUGGAUUUUUUGUUUUUGUUACUGUGAUUAACACACGCUAUAUUACUUGUUUAUGAUGUUAGAAAAUAAUUACUGUACAUGUAAUAACGCAUUUUGGACAACAAAAUAAUAACGCAUGGUUUGGGACUUCAGAAUUUGACAGUUGGGGUUUCAAAAAAUGAA